AUUCCAGAAAAAAGCGGACAAGAGGGUGCACAACCUUUAUUUUUCUCAUAAUAUAAUAAUGGACGCCAGCAGCCGAAGCGAAGUAACGAGAUUAUGGAGAGUGUUCCGAACUGCCCAUCAAAUGGUGCACGAUCGAGGUUACCUUGUCUCCCAAUCCGAACUUGACAUGGAACUCGAAACUUUCAAGCGCACUUUUGCUCCCUCGGGUGACGUUGAUCGCGAUCAUUUGACAUUUGUUGUUCAGAAAAAGGACGACCCCACUGAUCAGUUGCUCGUCUUCUUUCCCAAGGAUGCUUCAGUCGGUGUGAAGCCAUUGAGAGUGUUUGUUGAACGUAUGGCACAACAGCAGAUUCCCAAAGGCAUUUGCAUUUACCAAAAGAGCAUGACUUCUUCUGCCAACAAGGUCAUUCAAUCGUUGCCCUCGAAACAUACCUUGGAAUCGUUCCAAGAAAACGAACUGUUGGUCAAUAUUACCCACCAUGUGCUGGUGCCUAAGCAUGAAGUGUUAACUAGCGAAGAAAAGGCUACUUUGCUUCAACGAUACCGUUUGAAGGAUACACAAUUGCCACGCAUUCAACAUUCGGAUCCUGUUGCGAGAUACUACGGAUUAAAGCGAGGACAGGUUGUGAAAAUCUUGAGAGAGAGUGAAACAGCCGGUCGCUAUGUCAGUUACAGAUUAUGCAUUUAAGCAAGCAAGCGAGCACGAGAGCGCUUUUCAUUUCUUUAACCAUUCUUUCUUCAUUCGAUUUUGUCGAUUUCUUCUGGAAUAUACGCAUCAAAAAAUACGCGCUUAAGAAAAAGGCUUGCAACGAGUAAUUCAUAGAUUCAAAAAAAAAGCAAAAAAGAAAAUAUCUCAUAUCCAUACAAUUUUUUCACCCUGGU